CCCAUCAGGCUGUAAUAGGAGCCACCUGCGUUUGGCUGUAUUUGUUGAGCAGGAACCUGCCUCCUCCUGCCCAAAGGAGGAGUAUAGUUCAUUACCUCCACGAGCUUAUUUAAAAACAGCAAAAGCAGGAACUCUGCAGUUCCCAGUUUCCCACCUCCUGUGCCAUGGGUCGUUUAGUUGGACUGGGGUGGUUGACCCUCAUGAUAGCUGUCGUGAACAUAGAGGCACAAAAAAAGUCCUCAAUAAAUAUCGAUUCAAAAUGCCUGGGGAACGUCAUGCGUGUGGAUCUCAGUCCACUUGGAGGAAAUCUUCUGGAAGUGUCUGCUGUUAUUAAUAACUCUGCAAUCCUUAUCACACCGAGUUUAGCCUCUCAGUGUGGCUUCAGGAUGAAGAUGGACCAGCUGGGAAACACCAUGAUUUAUGCCUCCCUUCAAAACUGCUUUGCUCAGAAUGUGGGCGAUCAAACAUUCACAACAAAAUUAAAUCUUCGACUGCAUGGGAACCGGAUGGUAGAUGAGCUGUACGAGGUGUCUGAAACCUGCCGCUAUGCUGCCUGGGCCUCCAGGGAAAUAGUUUGUGACCACGACUAUAUGGAGGUGUCUGUGAAGAGGGCAGCUCCGGAUGAUUACGCCCUACCUGAGCAUCCCAUCUCAGGGGCUCAUUCAAAGUUUGGUGAUCCUCGACGAGCUGCUGAGAAACAGCCCAUAGAUGCAGGAUACAGAAUCACAACCCUCGUGUUCUUCACUCCUGAGGAGAGGAUCAUGAAGGUGACCGAGGCCCAGAGAAGUGGUUACGGGAUCACAAACACCCCUACAAGACUGGUUCUGCGAAGCCCAAAGACUUCAGCUGAAACAUACACCCAGAAUGUUGCAGGGGUGCCUAUGACGGUGCUCAAAACCUCAACAAUAUUUGAGAAGAAGUGGCUGGCGACUCAAAUCGAUGCAGGAGCUGCGUGCCCAAUACUGGAGGGCAGUGUUUUCUUCACUCCAAACGCAAUCAACUGGUUCCUGCCACGAUACAUUGACCCUCUGAUCUCUUCUGGCCAGUUUAAACUGUUGGAGGUGCACAUGGGUGUGGAUGGAAAGAGGCUUGAUGCUGCUGAGAUGGCUUCCAGACGUUAUUCCCUGUCUGUCAAUGAUGUUUACAUCAUGGUUGAAAUUCCUGUUGGGGCUGUUGGAGGCCACUUCAAGAGUCACGUUCAGGACGGUCAUUACCUUACUACUUAUACGAUUGAGCCGAUGCUCGAGUUACUGUGGACUGAAGACACUACUCACGAGGACACAAGAUACAAAGUCCUCCUUCCCAUCACGACACCAUUAUUGUCUCAACCCCCACAAGUUAUUGAUAACACUGUUCCGGAGGAGCGGAUGUUUAAAGUGCUGCUCGGGUCUUUUGGCUCUGAUGUGGCGCUAAUAAACGUCACCUUCCCCUCUGAGGUCUUGUCUGUGGCGGACUGCAUUGUCAGAGGCUUUAAUGUCCUGGAACACAUGUCCCCUAACAGCAGCUCGAAGGUCUUCACACUUGAAUUGCCCUUCACGGACCCUGCCGUACUACAGAUGAGGGAAAUGGGGAUUACAGUCUACUCUCUUCACCUGACUUUUGGCUUGGUGGUCCUUCCAGAGUUUGCUCCAUUUUCUCACACUGCUUAUCUGGAGGCUAGAUUAGUAGACAUAGUUCCUCCCUCUGUCUCUGGUGGCUGUGAUCAUCAAAACUUCUAUGUCCUGGUGAAAUACGGGACCCACAACAUCAACUUUCAAACCAUAGUGGGAAGACAGAUGUUGACCCCCAUCCUGGCUCAGCAAUACGGUUUCAUGGAUAACGGCACACACUUCAGUUUUAUAGUUCCAUUUUCCUCCCCUGAUGUUGUGAUUGAGGCCAUUGAGUCAUCAUCCAUCAGGAGCAGACUCGACGUGGCUCUGAGGAAUCUAGAAACCAACACAAAUAUCAAAGAAUUCUCUUUGGCUUGCAACUUCAUCACAACGCUGACUGAGUGUUUCCCUAAUGGAACCAUGACAGCUCUAGCUCUGAAACUGGAGUCUGUUCCCAGUCUGAACCCCAGUCAGCUCACCCUCAGUGACCCCAGCUGUGGUCCCAUCUACAGCAACGACCAAUAUGCUUAUUUUGUCUUCACUGCCAACUCUUGUGGGACGACCAGAAAGUUUUUGCCCAACAUGAUGCGGUAUGAAAAUGAAAUCUCUCUGCCAGAUGAACUUGAAACAAAGAGGGAAUCAAAGUCGGACGAGCCGGAGUAUGAGCUAAAGGUUUCAUGUUAUUAUGACAUCAGCACAAACCACGCUGUGGCCUUUAACACCAGACCUCGCAGGAGUGAAGCAUAUGCUGAAAAUGCACGAGGGGAGCUGCAAGUUGAAAUUAGACUUGCUACGGACGACUCCUACAGCGUGUUUCACAGGGUCGAGGAUUAUCCCUUGGCAAAGUACCUACAACAGCCACUGUAUUUUGAGGUGGAACUGAUGGCGUCUGCAAACCCUGAUGUAUCACUGGAGCUGGUGUACUGCUGGGCGACGCUGGAGGACGACAGGACAUCCCGACCCAGAUGGGACCUCAUCGUUGGCGGCUGUGCAAACCCAAAGGACCCUAACCAGGUUAUCUUCCAUCCUGUUUGGCCUGAUGCCAGAGUUCAGUAUCCUUCUAACUUUAAGCGCUUUGAGGUACCAAUGUUUGCCUUCGCCAGAGACAAAGAUAAUUUAAAUCAGCAGGUCUUUGUCCAUUGUGAUGUGGAGGUCUGUGAUGCCAGAAAUCCAGUGGGUGGAGCUUGUAAUGUGCAGUGUUCAAACCCAGACGACAGGAUAAAAGGUCAAAAACGUGCUGUUUCAGACGGCCAUGGUUCCAAACACGUGUCAACAGGACCCAUACUCAUAAAUUAACAAAAUAAAUGAUUUUAAAAAGA